GCUGCACACAAUCGGGACCUACAACUCACCAUGAUUUUUGAGCAAUGGAUUAACAAAUUUGGAAACUACCACAGAUAAAUUCAGCCAGGCUUCAGGUUAUCUGUUCAUAUUGAGGAAGUAUUAGUUUUUGUCUUUUGGACAUAUUUUUCGCACUCAUAUUGUACAUCAUGGCAAAUACUUGCGUACAGUUCACGGGAUUUGUAAUGAGUUUUCUUGGUUGGAUCGGGCUUAUCAUCGCCACUGGUACUAAUGACUGGGUCGUCACUUGUAAAUAUAACAUGAACACCUGCAAGAAGAUGGAUGAACUGGAGGCCAAAGGUCUGUGGGCUGACUGUGUGAUAUCAACAGCACUGUAUCACUGCAUCACACUGACUCAAAUUCUCGAUUUACCAGCUUACAUCCAGACAUCUCGAGCGCUAAUGGUCACUGCAUCGAUUUUAGGAUUGCCUGCUGUCGCGCUCGUGCUCAUGUCCAUGUCCUGUAUUAACCUCGGAAGUGAACCGGAAAGCGCCAAGAACAAACGAUCCGUGCUCGGAGGAAUCCUAAUGCUUUUGACUGCUAUUUGUGGUGUCAUCUCCACUGUGUGGUUUCCCAUUGGGGCCCAUCAUGAGAGAGGCUUGAUGUCCUUUGGCUUCUCGCUGUAUUCUGGCUGGGUGGGCACUGCGCUCUGUUUGCUGGGAGGCUGUAUGAUCACCUGCUGUUCAGUCGACAGCCCUGCUUCAUACACUGACAACAAUCGAUUCUACUACUCCAAACAGGGCCCCACCCAUCCUGGCACUGCCUCCAAUAACCAUGCCAAAAGCGCUCACGUGUGAGCUUUGGGAUUACUCCUGUGUACUUCAGCUCAGCAGACCAUUAGCAACUUAACCCAGCCCAUCACAUUUCUGCUCUCUCUCCCUCUGCUUUCCCCCCUCUCUUCCCUGUUUAUCGUUUCAACCAUGUCUCUAUCUUCAGUGGUGACACUGUAGAUUCUUAUUGUACAGCUGAUAUAUGUCCCUUUGACUCGGCGGCAGGGUUAGCUCACCCAGAUGUUACGUAACAAGGGACAGUCAUUGGUGAAGGACCUGCUGUAAUCAAGGGACCUGUAAUGAAGGAUUUAUUUUCCAUGUGGUAAUUUGCUGACUCUGUGCAGUAUAAUGUGCCUUUUUUAAAAUCUUAUUUUUGUAGUGAGAAAUGCAUUUUGUAUUUUUAUAUGAAUACUAACAGUUUUUAGUUUCAGUUGUUUUGAAAAGGUAUGAAGUACAAAUGUCUUUUAAUUGUAAUUAAUUUCAGAACACUGUUUAUGUCAAGCACACACAGUUAAGAUAAUGUCUUGAUCAUUGUUUUCACUCUAGCUACAUAAACGAUAUUAGACCAAAAUUGGACCAAAAAAGUAGCUGAUUUUGUUAUUUAUUGUAAUACUUGUAUGCAAUUUGUAUUAUGUUUGUUGUAAUAAACAAAGUUGUCC